AUAUAUCGGUGUAGUGUUUUGAAGAAAAACGAUGAUUUAAAAACAGUUAGAACAAUCCAAAAUACAUUUAUGCUACGAGUAUUUUAACAACAAAACAAUGUUCAGUCUAAGAUUUUGGCUCCCGUUUACUCUUUUGUUAUGGGAAAAUAGUAUAGCUGCAUUAGUUUCUAAUAAAAAUAUAAAGCCGAAAAUCGUUAAUGGUGACCAAGCCUCCUUGGGACAGUUUCCUUGGCAGGUAGCUAUUAAUUUUUUUGGAGAAGUGGAAACAUGGUGGUGUGGUGGUGUUAUAAUUAGCGAACAGUUUAUUCUAACUGCUGCACAUUGUGGAAUGACUUGGGAAGUUCUCAGCAGCGACGUAUAUUCUGGUUUUAUAGACUGGGAGAAUCGUGGCGAUUCUACGUUUGGUGUUAACUUUAUUACAUACAACGAUUUUAAUCCUCAGACCAUGGCAAAUGAUAUUGCACUUAUAGAAAUCAUAUUUCCUCUAGAAUUUAACGAUAAUGUGAAAGCAAUAGAUUUGGAUUCAGAAGUACUCGGUUCUGACGUAAAUGUUACAGUAAGUGGGUGGGGACAAACUACUGAUGAUGCUGAUUUAGCUCCAUUUUUAAAUUACAUUAUUCUAUCCACCAUUGACAAUUCUGAGUGUGACCAAAUUUAUGGGAAAGGCACCAUCCGAGACGAAAUGUUUUGUGCUCUGCCUAUAGGAAACGUAAUUCAAGCUACCUGUUUCGGUGAUAGUGGUGGUCCGGCUGUAGUGUACCAAAAUGGAAGUCCUACUCUUGUUGGUAUAUCUAGCUUUAUAAGUGACAGAGGCUGCGAGAAAGGUGAUCCUUCAGGAUUUACAAGAAUUGCGAACUUUAGGGAAUGGAUUAGAUCAGUCACUGGAGUUUAGAAGACACUGAAUUUACAUUCUAAUUUCAGGGAUUGUUUCUGACAGCUUAAAAAAAAUUUUUACUCUAAAAUUAGUAAAUACCUAAAAUAUUA